CAUGGCGUCUGGUUGUCUAGUGCUGGGUCUAUUUUAGCUAUCUGAUUAGCACGCUAGCUAUAGUUAAAGGCUUUGACUAUAUUACUGUGAAUAGCAGUAGCUACAUUUUCAGUACAAUAAUAUCUUCAUUGCAAUAUAUCUCAAUAUGUCGGACUCAGAAGAGGACAGUCAAGAUAAGCAACUUAAAAUUGUAGUCAUCGGAGACGGCGCAUCGGGGAAGACGUCACUCGCCACCAGGUUUGCGCAGGAGGCCUUUGGGAAACAGUACAAACAGACCAUUGGCCUGGAUUUCUUUCUGAAGAGAAUAACUUUUCCAGGCAACUUGAAUGUUACCCUGCAAGUGUGGGAUAUUGGAGGUCAAACGAUUGGAGGGAAAAUGCUGGAUAAAUAUGUCUAUGGUGCUCAGGGUGUUCUUCUAGUGUACGACAUUACAAACUACCAGAGCUUUAAGAAUCUGGAGGACUGGUACGGCAUGGUCAAGAAGGCCAACGAAGAGUCUGACGUCCAGCCUGUGGUCUCCCUGGUGGGAAACAAAAUCGACCUUGAGCAUAUGAGGACGGUGAAGGUUGACAAACACCAGCGCUUCUGCCAAGAGAACAGCCUCAUCAGUCAGUUCGUAUCAGCCAAGUCUGGAGACUCGGUGUUCCUGGCAUUCCAGAGAGUGGCUGCAGAGAUUCUGGGGGUGAAGCUCAACAAAGCGGAGCUGGAGCAGUCCCAGCGCGUGGUGAAGGCAGAUAUCGUGAACUACAGUCAAGAGCCUGUGACGAGGACAGUCAACCCCCCGCGCAGCUCCAUGUGUGUGGUGCAGUGACUCCCUCUCCCUCCACCUUCCCUCUUGCCCCUCCACAAACUGAAUACAGCAGUGAGGGCCUCUGACCAGCAGGCUGCCCCAACACACUGGCCCAUAGCCAGAGCUGGGGAAUUGAGCUGGCCUGGUUCUUUCUGCUGUACGCACACACCUGCUGUACACACACACACUGAUUCCUCCCUUCUCUCUCUCAACGCACAAGUCUUCAGAAAGGCUGUAUAUCAGUAUUUCCUUUUUUAAAAGGUUUUCAGGGUCAUCGGACCAAGUACUGCAUAUUUGAAGAUUAAUAUAUGAGAAUCUCUCUGUAUGUCCAGUAUGUAUAUUUACAGGGACCCCACAGUUUAUUCCUGGUUUCAGUACAUUUAAUAUAUUUUCAUGAAUAAUUUUUUGAGUAGUAAUCAGCUUUGGCUACAGCAUACUCCUGUUUAAACAUUAAGUUAUGCUGAAAGGAAAUGGGACCUCCACUUUUUUAGCAGUUUGAACACGUUUGUCAAUAUUUAUUUUAUUUUUGAGAAACUGUUACUCUUUUGGCAUAUUUUUUCUACUGUCUUCAUUGUCUCUUAUUCUUUAAAGGACCAUUUGAUUGUAUAUAGAUAUGAAGUUGGUAUCUGUACCAGAAAAGAAUACAUAAACCACUGUGUUUCAAACUGUAUUUUUAAGGAUAGAAUGUGUUUUCCCUCUGCUGUUGUGUAUACAGAUGCCAUAUCUUUAUUUGAUCAUCCUGUUGUUGCAGGAAUUUUCCUGCACGGUAGUGUAGUGUAUUCGACAUAUAAAAAGGCUUCUAAAGUUAGUAUUUUCCACUUUCAGACUAAAUUUGCCCUAAGGAAAAAUGUAUCAACCCCUACAAAAAAUGUCCAUUAAUUAUAAUCACAUAGCAAUUAACAUUUCCUGUUGCUGCAGGAUUAUUUUCCUGCUGUGUGAGAUCAAAUUAAGAUCCGAUAUCUGUAUGCUUAGAUAUCAGGAUUAGUUUAAUCGCUCUAAGUGGUACUGUCUACACCUCCCACUACCCCCUCUCCCACUGCUCCCAGUGCUGAAACAGGAGUGGUGGGAUGGGCUUGGGUAGGUUGUUGGGGCAAGGAGCUAUUUGGGGGCAGAGAGUGGUGAAGAAAGAAGGGGCUGCUUCAUUGAUAUACAGAUGUACGAUUAAGCAAUAAGGCCAGAGGGGGUGUGGUAUAUGGCCAAUAUACCCACGGCUAAGGGCUGUUCUAAAGCACGAUGCAACACGGAGUGCCUGGCUACAGCCCUUGGUCAUAUACCGCAAACCCCGAGGUGCCUUAUUGCUUUUAUAAACUGGUUACCAACGUAAUUAGAACAGUAAAAUUUUUUAAAAUCUUAUA